AUGGCCGGGGUGACCACUGUCUUGCACAUCGGGCCAUCCUUCCACCCGCACGAGACGGAGAUGGGCUAUUUCAUGGUCGACGCAGCCGUACAAGAGGCCAAGCGCGGCACGUUCAAGCACUUUAUAUACUCGUCGGUGCUCAACACCCAACUCCGCAAGAUGAUGAACCAUGACUGCAAACGCUACGUCGAGGAGUACCUCAUAGAGUCGGGUCUAGACUACACCAUCCUCCAGCCCACCCACAUCAUGGACACGUUCCCUGUGGCGCAUCUGCUGUCACAGGCGGAGCCGGUGUACCAAGCCAACUGGAACACAAGCGUGCCCUUCUCCUUCAUUGCGCUGCAGGACCUGGCCGAGGCUGCGGCAACGGUGAUUGAGGAGAGGGAUAAGCACUACCUGGCGCAGUAUCCGCUCAGCUCCACUCGGGCGCUGCCGUACGACGAGGUCAUUCAGACGGUGGGCCAGGCAAUCGGCAAAAACGUGAGAGUGGAAACGAGGCCGGUGACCGAAGCUGCGGAUGCGCUCCUGACCAUGAUGUUUGGCGCGGACAAAGCCCAUCCCAGCACGCGGGACAUUGCCCAGCGGAUGGUCCUGUUCUACAACUACCACGGGCUCAAGGGCAACCCCAACGUCCUCGAAUGGCUGAUCGGACGGAAGCCGACGGCCCACGCGGACUGGGUGCGUGCUCAGGUGCAGGAUGCGGAGAAGGGCAAGACUGGCUGA